UAGACCGCUCCCUGGACAUUGGAACAUAUUAGCAAAAUUCUCCAUGUUUUCUCUCAAGCUUCGACCUUUCCCUGUUUAUCCGUUAUCUCCAAAUUCUUCCACUCUCCCAAUUGGCAAAUGGAAGCUCUCUCAUUUCGAAGCUUACUUCAACUCCCAUCUACUCUCAGAACUCCAAGUUAUGUUGAGAAAGAGCAACCUAAGAACACCGUGGCUAAGAACUUGCAUGAAAGACUUCACUCAUCAGCACCCAAAAGAUUACCAAGAAGGCUGCUUUUGCAGUUUAUGGGAUUCUCUCCAAUCCUUUCACAUCCUGUUUUUGCUGCACCAGUGCCAGGGAUGAAGGAACCUGAAGUCAUUCGCUUCUUAUUCAAAGAAAAAAAAAAAGGGAAGUGUGAGUCUCAUAUGCAAUGUUGUUUCGAAUUUGAAGCGUCCAGGACCUUAAAGCUUCCCAGCGGUGUGAGGAUUCAAGAGAUUGUUGAAGGGCAAGGAUCAGUAGCCAACGAAGGAGAUUUGGUUGAAAUUAACUAUGUAUGCAGGCGCACAAAUGGAUAUUUUGUUCAUAGCACUGUAGAUCAAUUCAGUGGAGAAAGCACACCUGUGAUACUUCCUUUGGAUGAAAAACAGAUUAUAGCAGGCUUGAAGGAGGUUCUAGUUGGCAUGCGGAUUGGCGGAAAGAGAAGAGCAUUGAUACCUCCUUAUGUGGGUUACAUAAAUGAAAACUUAAAACCAAUUCCUGAAGAGUUUGGCCCUAGACGCAGCCUUUUGUCUCAUGUAAACGAGCCCUUGAUAUUUGAGGUGCAGCUCUUGAAAGUGCUAUGAGUUUAACUUCAUAACAUGCAUUCAAAACACUUGUACCAACAUUCUUUGUUCUAAGUUUUUGCACCUGAAUGAUUUAUAACUACUGGGACCUUUGAUCCCAAGAUUACCUUGAAUAUACAUUAUUUUUCAUGACCU